ACAGCUAACAGAUAUGUAGUGUUGUAUUAAAAAAUUAAUUACAAGUGCACAAUUGAAUGUAAUCAAGAUAUUACUAGUAUAAAAAUAUAAUACUAUAAAGAUGAGCCACUGUCGAAGACGAGCCAAUAAUUUCAUGGAUUCGAUAAGUAAUUUUCGUAAGAAAACAGAUAAUGCAGAAUAUUCUGAUAUUGAUUCCGAUACAUUUUCUUCAAUGUCUCAGGACAGUUUAAUUGAAAUUAAAAAUAAAAGUACAUCUGACGAUAUUACUUGCAACAAUAAAGAUUCCACUAUUUUAGCUGGCAGCUCUUCAAAAUAUUCUUGUGUACAGAAUCCAUCAAUUUUACAUACUUCAUCUUCAGAUAGUCAUGUUGCACCAGAUUUAAAUAAGCGCAUUGACUUAUUUCAAGUUGAACAGUUAUAUAUUAAAGUGGAUGAUACUAAAGUGGAUAAUACUAAAGAAAAUAAUAAUCCUCAAGAUUCUCUGAAUAAUACAUCUAAUAAAUUAUCAAGUUCAAUUCAAAAACACAUCACAGAUUCACAUACUAUGUCACAAUCUAAUACGAAUUUCAAUGUAAACAAUAAUAUAUUAAAUGCAAGGUCAAUUUUAGAUUAUACACCUAGCAAAAAAUUACCACAACUUGUUUCUUCCUCUAACUGUACAAAUAUAGAUAAAGAGACACUUUAUAGAAAUUGUAAAGAUAAACAUAUGGAUAUCGAAACAAAUAAAUUUGAGACAAUACUUUGUUCAUUGGAUAAUUAUUUUAACCAAGUACAAGAAGUUUCACAGACACAACAAAUUUUAAAACGUUUAUCUGAUAAAUUUAUACAAUCACCAGAAAAUUUUACUGAGAAGCUCUUAACCAUCAUUGAAGAAUCUGUUAUACAUGAUGAUGAUAAUACAAGCAAUACAUCUGCAAUAGAUUUGAGCAGAUUAACAACAGAAUUUAAAAAAAUGUGUAAAUUUAUAGAAGAUGAAACUGCUCCUGAAUGGGCUCCAUCUCCACUGUCUACGCCUUCAUAUUCACAAAUAUCUAUAAGCCCUGCAUGUAAUAAAUCUACUCACAUAAAAAAUGAAAAAUUAUAUUCUCCUAUAAAUACAUCUGUACUUACUCCUAUUUCUGGUGCAGAUGUAAUUAAAAGAAGAUUUUUGGCUAAAAUCUCAAAAUGUAAUUCUAAUUCUAAGAGUAUUGAUAAUGUAGAUAAUGUAAGUAAUGCGUCUUUUGAACAUUGGGAAGAUCAAUGUAAUAAAUUAUUUCCCAAAGAACAAGAGGACUCUACACCUUUACGUAAAAGUUCAUCAACAUCUUCUUUAUUAAGUAUGAGUCAAAUCCAUAAUAUAUGUGAGCAACAGAUGGCAUCAUUAAAUAUGUCUAAUGAACUACCUAGAAAUAAAUCAGAAUGUAAUUCUUUUCAGUUAAAAGAAUUACAUAAUAAGUCAAAAGAUAAUCUGUUUAAUGAUAUUUCAUAUUCUAAGAAAAAAAAUAAAAGAAUAAAUAAAAAAUCUGAUUCAGAUAAAAUAACACCUAAUAAGUUUACAAAUAAUUGUGGACUGUUAGAUCCAGAUGAACUAGAAAAAACACUUAUGCAAGACAUAGCAGAAAAAAGGAGGAGAUGUUUUAAUACAGCAAGAAUUAUUACAGAAAUUAAUGCGGAUCCUGAAAUAACAGAGAUACAAAAAACAAUGAGAAUAUUUGCCAAUGACAAUGAGUCUAAUUUAUUAAAUGAUGAAACUAAAUUUUUACAAACUCUAGUUUCUUGUAAAAGCUAUCAAACAUAUUUAGAAAAACAUAAACCUCUUUUAAAGAUACUUCAAAAUUCUCCUAUAACUGAAAGUAACUUAAAAACACCUGAAAACUCUAAUCUAAGACACGAAGAAACUAAAGUUUCCAAAAAAGAAAGUGACAUUAAAAAAACAUCAAAUAGAACAAAAUAUUUUGUAAGUCCAAAUGUAAAUUCACCAUUGAAGAAACAAAAUGUAGAAAAUGAAAAAAAAAAAGAAAGUACAAGAUCAAAACUUUUCAUAACACCAGGAAAGAUUCCUCCAAAUAAGAAUUGUAGACAAAAAAAAACAUAUUUUCCUAGCAUGAAUAGUCCUGUAAAGGAUACGAAAGUAAGACACAUUUUAAAAAGUCCACAUGCAGAAGGCUUAUAUCGGUUGAAUUAUAAUACUAUAAUGUCACCAGUGGGUAUGUAUAUAAGAGGUACAGAUAUGCAACUUAUAAAAAAUGUACGUGCCAAAACAGAUCACUUAUUACUUACACCUGUAAAACAGGAUGUUAAAGCAUUAACAAAUAAAAAUUCAAGACAAGAUAUUACAUCAAAAAACAUAAAUAAAAUUCGAGGAACAACAUCUCUCAAGAUUAAUUUAUCUCCUAAAAUAAACACAAAUAAAGAGCAGACAAAUGCGCUUGCAAAUCUGGCGGACAGUGUAGUUGCAAGACCUGUAAGUGCUAAAUUCCAGACAGGACGCUAAUAAGUUGAUCAACACCGACAAUGGACGUUGCAACUUUAGACAUCAUUAUUUACUUAUGCUUUUCCUACUAUCCUUGCCAUUAAUAUUGCAAAAUUUGAUUGCAAAAAAUAAAUAAUAGUAUUAUAUGGACAGCCAUUAUAUCAUGUAAUAAAAGUAUUAAACGUUAUUUCCAUUAUAUCCUACAAAUGUAUACACAUAUCUUUUAUGAAUGUAUGCUUUUCAUAAAACUGUUACCUUUAUUAUGUGAAGUAUAAUAAAGAUUC